GACAGCGAAGCGAAGGAGCCAAAGUCGAAACCAAACACAAAUUUAUAGCUACGACGAUAUUCAACCAACCAACAACGCAUCUAGUUAUCAACGGUGAUCAGUCGGAGCCACAAGUGAUAUUCCGUACAAGCCUACUUUGUCGCGUAAUCUCGGAAACGGGCCUUGUAUUUAUUAAGGGAAAGUUUUUGUGAACGUGCCAGAAUGACAAUCAAUUGCAAGAUUCGUUACGACAAUAACCCACAGGGUAUAUUCUACGUGGGUCAAAUCCUAUCCGGAAGUGUUGUUCUGGAAUCGACGGAACCAGAGACAGUGAAUGCUGUCUUCGUCAAAAUCGAAGGCUUCACCAUUGUUCAAUGGAGCGAACGUCGUCCACCGCACGGCAAACGGCACCGGUCUCGACAAUUCAAUGGACGUCAAGACUAUUUCAAUACUCUAACCUAUCUCGUAGGUGCCCAGGUUGCCCCUGUCGCUAUUGAGAUACCCCAGGGAACGCAUGUCCACAAUUUCACAUGUCCCCUGCCGGAUUCGCUGCCGACUUCUUUCGAAGGGCAGUACGGCCACAUUCGGUAUACCACCACAGUCGUCAUAGAGAGACCUUCCCAGCAGAGUACAACCUAUCGGGAAGCGUUCACAGUGCUUCGCAAUGUGAACCUCAACGACAAUCCCUCGCUGAGGGAGCCCAAGAAGCUGGAGCUUAGCAAAAGUUCUGGUUGGUGGAUUUUCAAAUCGGACCCAAUGGACAUCACGGUGGAAAUCCCCAGCACUGGGUACGUCUCAGGUCAAAGCAUCCCGGUAGCAGUUGUAUGGAAGAAUAACAACAGUGCCUCCAUCCACGGCAUUCGGAUCAAAUUGUACAAACACGAGACGUACUCUGCGACAGAACCCUACGAGAAGUCCAGAACCGACUCGCAGAGCGUCGUUAAAAUUGAAAACAGGGAUGUCCAAAACGAUGUCGAUGGGAGAUUCGAACGUAGUCUACUAGUUCCGUCGUUGCCACCAACCACGGUUAGUCCCCUGAUUACCAUAGCUUACGAGCUGGCAGUCUACAUACACCUGUCGGCCGACGACAUACCAGUGCUGAAGGCACCGAUUACGAUCGGAACUAUCCCAUUGGUGGCUCUGCCUCCGAGCGCCAGGCCUCCACCACCCUCCGGCGGAGAUGAUCCGGAUCAACCACCCGGCUAUCCACCGGCUUACGGUUUCAAGUUUGACGGAAAACCAACCGAUGAACAAUCGAGCAAGGCCGGUAGCUCAACGGCAGCGACCCAAAUGGGAGCACCUGUCGAAACGCCUUCGACAAGUCAGACCGCUGUGCAGCCGCAUGAUCUUCCACCACCGACCUACGAGGAAGCUAUGAGCACCGUUACGAACACCGAAGGAGACGAGGGACCUAGCCCCAUGGAUUCCAAACCCUUCAUUCCCCUUUAUCCUGUGUACAACUUUGGUAACCCGGAUCCGAACCAACAGUAGCUCGGCAACCACUAAUCUAAACUAACCCAUAUGUUAAAGUUUCUGUCCUCUUCGGCCUCUUUACUCAAUG